AUGACUAGAGUAGUGAUCACAGGUGCGGGUAUGAUCUCGCCACUUGGUGUUGGGCUUAAACAGAAUUGGUCAAGACUUAUCGCCAAUGAAUCAGGUUUGGUUUCAACAACACAAUUCCCAAACUAUAAACAAGAAGGGUGGGACCAAAUCCCCGCCAAAGUCGUAGGGGUUGUGCCCAAAGGUCCGUUAUCCGAAGGCAAAUGGAACCCAGAUGAACAUUUCACCCAGGAGGAAUUCAAACGGUUGGCCAAAUUCAGUCAAUAUGGUAUUGCUUGUACUCAAGAAGCAUUCAAGGACGCACAAUUGGAUCCAUCCACUUUGAAGGACCCUAGGUCCGUUGGUGUUGCCGUUGGUAGUGGAAUUGGUUCUAUUCAGGACGUGUACGAUAUCACUACUGCUUUUAAUGAAGGCGGGUACAGGAAAGUACAACCUUUGUUUAUACCCAAAUUAUUGAACAAUAUGGCUGCAGGAAACAUUUCGAUCAAGUUUGGUUUGAAAGGUCCCUUGCAUGCCGUAUCGACGGCCUGUGCCACGGGAUUGCAAGCUAUUGGUGACGCGUACAACUUUAUCAAAUUGAAUUAUGCCGAUGUAAUGGUUUGUGGUGGUUCAGAAUCAUCGAUUCAUCCUUUAGCAUUAGCCGGUUUUGCAAGAGCACGUUCGUUGGUGACUGAAUUCAAUGAUGAGCCAACCAAAGCCAGUAGGCCAUUUGAUAAGGAUAGAAAUGGAUUUGUAUUAAGUGAGGGAUGUGGAAUUGUCGUUUUAGAGAGUUUGGAACACGCAUUGAAACGAGGUGUUACUCCCGAUCAAAUUUAUGGAGAAAUUGUGGGUUAUGGUGUAUCUGGCGAUGCACAUCAUAUUACUGCACCUCAAGACGAUGGAGAAGGAGCCUAUAAUGCCAUGUUGCAAGCAUUGAAUAGAGGAAAAGUUGAUCCGCAAAAGGUGAAAUACGUAAAUGCACAUGCGACAUCAACCGUGAUUGGCGACAGAGCUGAAAAUAAUGCCUUGAAUAGGUUGUUUCCUGCACUGACCUUAGUCUCAUCAACAAAGGGAUCAAUUGGUCAUUUACAAGGCGCUGCAGGUGCGGUGGAAACCAUCUUCACAUUACAAGCUAUCAAAACGGGACAGGUCCCACCAACUUUGAAUUUGGAUCAUCCAGGUGGAAAACCAGGAGAUGAACCUGACAAGUUUUCCAAGUUUGAUUAUGUUGCCAACAAGGCAAAAGAGGGUGUUGAUGUUGAGUAUGGUAUGUGUAACUCAUUUGGAUUUGGAGGAGUAAACAGCAGUUUAUUGAUUGGGAGAUAUAAAGAGUGA